AUGCGCAUCCGGCUACCCUUUGCAGGCGUCUUCUUCCUGCUCUGCCUGCUCGCGGGCUAUGCCGGACUGUCCUCCCUCCAGCUCGGCACCGUCAUCAACGACAAACUCCUGCACACCCUGACCUUCUUCGUCCUGACCGUCGUCUUCUACUGGAUCAUCGAUACCAACCGCCGCCGCACCCUGAACCUCACCGUCAUCGUCUGCACCGUCGUCCUUGGCGUCGGCUCCGAAUUCCUGCAGGGUUUCCUACCAAACGGUCGAGAGUUCGACCUGUAUGACAUCGUCGCCAAUGUCGUCGGCAGUGUAGCGGGCCUGGGCCUGUGUACGUGGUACCAUAUGAGGAUGCUGGAGCGGAAACGGGAACGUAGAUACAACCCGAUUGCCGGCGAGGACGAAGCCGAUCUCGAACUGGGCGAGGACUUGGGCCAACAAGAGGAGGGCGGCAUGUCGGCGGCUGGGAACGAACGCACCACGUCGCUGGAACAGGAGGUCGACAACUGGGACGAAAACGCUGCAGAUGACUGGCUUGCAGAUGAUGUGGAGGGGGAUAUCGGCGCCAGCAACGGCAAGGAGCCGGAGCAGAACAGCGGCGACGGUGCUGCUGUUGAUAACAAGAAGCGAGUCGACUGA